AUGACGGCGCCCACGAUGCGCACGACGCUUCUACUCACGGAACAUCUGGGCUACCCGCCUAUUUCUUUGGUAGACGACAUUAUAAACGCGGUUAAUGAGUUGAUGUAUAAAUGCACACAGGCGAUGGAAAAAUACUUGUUAGAACGCAAUUUUGUGGGUGGCCACGACUACACGGAGGAGAUUCGCGUGGGGAUUGCGAAAGUGGAGACUUUAUGGGAGCAUUCCGUGGACAGAAGCUUUGACAAACUGGAAUUGUACAUAUUACGGAACGUGCUACAAAUUCCACAAUCAUUGAUAGAAAACGGGUCGUUUCGUCUCCGACAUCACGACUCGCUGGUGCUGCAAAGCACCUCAGAAUCUGCAGAAGAAAACGAAAUGGUGGCUAGCGUGGAGAACAAACUUCAAGAAUUGCGCUCCAAACUACAACAACACAAACAGCUCAGGGACGAAUUGCACCGCUCCCAGAGACUAUUGUGGCAAAUACAAAAAUACAAACGGCUAGUUAUGGCAAUGUUUGCCGACGAGAACGUUGCAACAAACGAGGAACAACGUGCAAUCUGGCGUUCGUUGACCCCGAUUAACGAAAGUCUCCGGUUCGUGGUGUCGCAGGUUCGCGGGCUGGUCCUCGAAUCUAAUGACAAGUGCUCUUCCCAUCAUAUUCACAGUCUUGUGGCCGCACCUGAAAAAGAAGACUCUCCGUUGUUACAUUCAAGAACCCAAUAUCUUGCUCAAAACACGCGUUUGGAGCUUCAGGAGCUUUUGGCAAACGAGGAGUCUCAACCAAAUCCUAAAAACCACUAUUCGGACCACGAUUCUACGCUACUAACUUCGCAUCUACCAGAUGACGAACUACCAGUCAAUUCGCCCGACUUGUCCGCGUUACAACGCGCUACCGAACCCAGAUGA